CAAGGAAAAAGGGACACUACAUGACAGAAGUGCUCUACAAAAGAAAAAACAAAAAAAGAAGAAAAAGAGAAAGAAGAGAAAGAAAGAAAUUACCCUUCGGUCACAAGAAGCCCGGCAUGGUACAACCAAGAGUAAACGCAGCGAAUCAGAAGGCUUUCGGCACAACAAGACAC